AUUUUCCAAACACUGAUGCUUGUUUUGAAUGUGACUUCUCUCAAGAUUCUUUGCAUUCCACCUUUCUUUGUGAAUUUUUAUACAAAGUUUCUUCUAAUACUGCUAAGCUUCUUACAGAGAAGAGAUUAAAAGAAGAUUGCAACAGAAGAUGGUGCACUUUGGAAAGUGGCUUUCUAAGCUACUAUGAAAAUGAUAAAGCUACCACUCCGAAUGGAAUGAUUGACAUCAGUGAAGUCAUCUGUCUUGUAGUGCACAAGACGGACUUCUUUUUAAAUAGAGGGGACAUCUUUACCUUUGAAAUCUACUUAAUGUCAGAACGUGUUUUUCUGUUUGGAGCUGAAACUGCAUAUUCACAAAGAAAAUGGACUUGGGCAAUAGCUAAGCAUUUUGUCCCGCCUGUGGCUGGAUGCUUAUUGGAGAGGGACUGUGAUCUGGUUGGGCAGCUGUUCUUCAAGGACUGCCAUACCCUGGAGCAGUGGCGAAAGGGCUGGUUUGCUCUAGACAAGUCAAGCCUGCAUUUCUGUUGUGAAAUGGAGAAUGCUCAAGAAGACUCAAUAUAUUUAAGGAGGCUUCAAGAACUAACAAUCAGUAGUGUGAUGCAAAAUGGAGAAAAAAUAGAUGUCCUGCUGCUUGUUGAGAAGGGAAGAACAUUGUAUAUCCAUGGUCAUACGAAGCUGGAUUUCAUGGUUUGGUAUACUGCAAUCGAAAAAGCAGCAGGUACAGAUGGCAAUGCCUUACAAGAUCAGCAGCUCAGCAAAAAUGAUGUUCCUAUUAUAGUGAACAGCUGUAUAGCAUUUGUUACACAGUAUGGUUUAGGUAGCAAAGAGAUCUAUCUCAAGAAUGGCAAUUCCUCCAAUGUGGCUGAACUGCUCGAAAACUUCAAAAAAGAUGCAAGAAGUGUUAAACUAAGAGCUGGAAAACAUCAGCUUGAAGAUGUGACUGAUGUACUGAAGAGUUUUCUUUCUCAAAUAGAUGAUGCACUUCUCACUAAAGAACUUUACCCCUUCUGGAUCUCUGCAUUAGACACACAGAAUGAAAAGGAACGUGUGAGGAAGUAUGGAGCUUUUAUUCGAUCCCUUCCAUCGGUCAAUAGAGCAACUUUGGCAGCUUUAAUUGAACACCUUUACAGGGUGCAGAAAUGUUCUGAAAUCAAUCAGAUGAACCCUCACAAACUAGCCAUGGUGUUUUCCUCAUGCUUAUUUCAGACUAAAGGCCAGACUAGUGAAGAAGUCAAUGUAAUUGAAGAUCUAAUUAAAAAUUAUGUACAACUUUUUGAUAUUAAUGAAGACCAGGUCAAACAAAUGGAUAUAGAGAACAGCUUCAUUACCAGGUGGAAAGACACUCAGGUUUCCCAGGCUGGAGAUUUGCUUGUUGAAGUUUACGUGGAAAGAAAAGAGCCAGACUGCAGUAUUAUAAUCCGGGUAUCUCCUUUGAUGGAAGCAGAAGAAUUAACUAAUGAUGUUUUAGGAAUCAAAAAUAUCACUCCUAACAAAGAUGAUAUCUGGGUUGCAUUUGAAGUACUUGAAAAUGGAGAACUAGAACGUCCUCUGCAUUAUACAGAGAACGUGCUAGAACAGGUUCUUCACUGGAGUUCACUAUCGGAGCCUGGGACCGCCUAUCUAAUAAUAAAGAGAUUCCUCACAGCAGACAUGAUAAAACUCUAUACUGAGAAAAACAUGAAAGUUAGUAUGAAAGAAGGCUAUCUAAAGUACAAAGAAGAACCAUCAAAGCUACUGUCUGGAAACAAAUUUCAAGAGCGGUAUUUUGUGCUACGGGAAGGAAACUUGCUCCUUUACAAGGAUAUGAAGGCCAGCAAACCUGAGAAAGUGUUGCCUGUCAAUUCCUUGAAGCUUUAUCUUGGAGUGAAAAAGAAAAUGAAGCCACCAACAAAUUGGGGUCUUGCAAUAUUUUCUGAAAAGCACCAGUGGCAUAUCUGUUUUGAUGGACAGGAUGCACAGAUGGAGUGGCUGAUCAGUAUUUUGACUGCACAGCAUGCAGAUAUAUGGCCACCUGCUGGAAAAGCAAGAAAACAGUCUAUAACUAAAAGUCCAAAGAUUGGAGGUUUGCCAUUAAUUCCCAUUCAACAAGAGAAGAGUGCCUGUAAAAUUGGAGAGAGUACAGAGAAUAUAGGAUUGGAAUCUAGGAAACCAAAACUUGUUGAGCAUCAUGAGGAUGACUUACUGGAAGAAAGAAAAAACUUGAAAGAAAAAGCAUCUAUUGUGGCACAGUGUUUGGAACGCAAGGAGGAAGAAGUGCAAAAUCAAGCAAAGAAACAUCGGAGCUUGACCUAUGUGGAAGACAGAGGUGUAGGUAGGACUGAUCAAAGACCACGUAAGGAAGCAAAAACACUGAAGAAAAAUAAGAGCAAAGCAAACAAGACUACUUUGGAUAUGGAUAACAAAUUGCCAUCAAAUGUGAUUCAGGAAUUAAAUAUGGUGUUGCAGAGAAACAGAGCACUUCAUGAUGAAAGCUCCAGCUGA